AUGAGCGAUUCCUCUUCUGGAAAUUCCACAGUACAAGUUGCUCUGCGAAUAAGGCCUUUAACAGGAGAAGAAUUAAUCACAAUACCCACAAAAUCUCAAAGAAAAGUAUUAUCGACACCACCUUUCAAACCAAACCAAGUCAUAAUACAAGGCGAAAAGAAACAAUUCUUCACGUUUGAUCAUGUCUUCAAUGAUAAUUCAUCACAAAAAGAUGUCUACGAUCAUUCAGUUAGGAAAGAAUCGAAUGAAGGCAUAUCAUCAGAUAAUGGUGGUAACAAUAAUAAAGAUGAUCAUGAUGCAAAUAACGAACGUUCAAAAUUCGAGAAAAAUAAAAUUAAAGAAAUUAAAGUUGAUAAUGUUGGAGAAAUAAUGAGUUUAUUAUCGAAUGGAAGACUGAAUAGUAAAAUGAAUCAAAAAGAUAUACUUAUUCAUCCAUCAAGAUCACAUACUGUAUUCUCCAUCACAUUAACUCAACAAAAAUUAAUUCCUAAAUCUUCUUCCUCCUCAUUCUCAUCAUUAUCUGGAUCUACAAAUCAAGAAAAUAACAUACACGAUUCUGACGAUUUGUAUUAUGAUAAAAAUUUAUCUUUCAAAUUAAAAGAACAUCUUUGUGAAAAUUCAGAAAUUUUAGUAAUAGCCUGUGUGCCUCCCUCUGAAUACUACAUCAACGAAACGAUAAAGGUAUUGGAUUGUGUUAAUCAAGUCAGAAAUAUCAAAUAUAAAGCUGUAAUAAGUCAGGAGCCUGAAGAAGAGGGUGAUAACAUGAUUGAAAAUUUAGAAGUAGAGUUUCAACAUCUUCAUAAAAUUUAUACUGAAAUGUCUCAAGUUUUAUUAGGUGAUAUAAGCAACAAUGAAUCACUAUCAAAAUAUCUAGCUUUGCUCAAUGCUAAUGAUCAAAAAGAAUUCAUAGAAAAUCUUUGGCCUAGUUUUGAAAAAACAGUCAAACCAAUUAUACAAGAUUAUGAAAAAUCUAUUUGUUCUCUCGAACAACAAUUGAACAAUGCCCGUGAGACCUUAACCAACUCUGAAUCAACUAUACAAGUUCGAGAAUUAAAAUUACACGAGACUGAAAAAGCAAAUGAAAAAAAUAAAAUUUUAAUAAAUGAGAUUAAAUCAAAAUUGACAAAAUUAAUUGAACAUGAAGAAACCACGGAAUCAUACAUAAAAAAUCUUGAAAUUAGGCUCAACAUAGAAUCUUCUCAACAAAUUAAAGAUUUGAACGUGAUUGAGGAACUUCGGGUGAAACUUGAUGACUUUGAAAAUUCUGAAGAAAAUAACGAAAUUUUGAUCAAUCAAUUAGAAUCAAAAUUGGAAUCAACUCAAAACUCUGCUCGUGAAAUAUUGGAUAAAUCCUUAACUUUGGAAAAAUCUUUACAAGAAAAAGAUAAUGAAUUUAAUAUAUUACAAGAGAGGAUUGAAAAACAAAUGAAUAUUGAUACAGAAGAGAAGCAAUGGUUAUUGGAUGAGAUUACCGAACGUGAUCAAAGAAUUUUACUAUUGGAAAGAAAUGUUUAUGAUAUAGAUGAUGACAGUUAUAAUAACGAGUUUUUACCAUCAGUUACAACCUUGGAAUCGAAAUUAAAUGAGCUACAAAUAACUCAUGACAAAACUAUUGCCGAGCUUAAAGAAAUUAAACCUAGAUAUGAGCAAUGUUAUCCAAAAACCAGAUCUUUAUCAGUAGAAAUUCAAGGUGCUGAAAAACAAGAGUUAACAAGCUCUCUGGUUAUUCAAAAGUUACAAAUUGAAUUAAGACAAUUGGAAACAUUACAUCAAGAUAAAGCUCAAGGCUUAGAAAAAGUUAAACAAGAAUUUGCUAGAUUGGAAAUCAAUUAUAGAGAAACUUUGGAAAUUGUUGAAGAAUUACGUGAAGAGAUUAAACGUCGUGAUGCAUUGGCUCAAUUGGAAGUUAUGUCUGUGAUAGCAUCGUCUGAUUAUGCGUACACUGAUGGUGGUCAUUCUCCCACAAGUAGUGAGGCCAAUCAACAAGAUAUUGUGCAAAGGCUCAGAGAAGAAGUUGAUAUGCUUAAAGAAGAUCAACUAAGAACUAUCGAAUUGUUGGAAGGUCAUGAAAUUGAUUACUACAAAUCAUUUGAUCAUGAAAGAUUAAAAACUUUAAUAGAUCAAUUAAAAUUGGAAUUAAAUCAAAAAAAGAAAAAUCAAGAUCAAUCGUCAUCGUCAUCAUCAUUACAAAUUGUUGUAGAAUCAGAACGAAGAAAACAACAAGAGAAACGAAGUUCUCUUUCAAAAUUAAAGGAUUCCGGCGAGAAUGAAGUGACAAAACAAUUGAAAGAUUAUAUUGAAAAACUUCAGCAAGAGAUUGAAACUAAAAAAAUUUCUGAAGAGGAGGCAGAACAACGACGAUAUUCAGAAAAACGCGAUUCAGCAUCUACAACUGCCACUUUAACCAAUGAUGAAGAUGAAGAAGAACAACUUGAAAUUGUCAAAUUAGAUGUUCAACAAAAAUAUGAUUUAAUAGAAAUUUUGAAAAAAGAUUUACUAAAUAAAACUUGGUUAGAACAAAAGCUCAAGCAAAAAGAGAUUCAAGCUUUAUUAUUUAAAAACAAGUUGAUCCAAGUUCAUAAAGAAGAAGAAGACUUGAAGAAUGAAAUUAGAAAGUUACAAAUGAAAUUACAACAAUUAGAAAAUGGCGAUGAUGUGGAUCAAUUGUUAAAGCAAGAACUGGAAAGUUUAAAAGCCGAGCUGAAACAAGCAAGCGAGAGAGAAUCUUUAGCACAAGAAAAAUUACGAAAAUUAAAGACCAACUCAUUGAUCUCCAAUCAAGAUCAAAUACAACUUGAAUUACAACUAGGAAACUUACGUAAUAACGAGAUCAUACAAAGAGAACGUAUUAAUGUUUUAGAAUCCAAGAUUUUAGAAAAAGGUGUACAAUUAGAUGAAUACUUGCUACAAUUGAAGAAUGAUUUAACAAUCACAAAAGAAUCCAAAAUAAAUUAUAUUCAAACCAUAGAGAAUUUAGAAAUAGAAUUAAAUAAAGUUGAAAAUUUGACUCAAUUUGAGAAACUCGCAUCAGAAUUACAAGACUUAAAAGUUAGAGAAACAAAACAAUUAGAAAUAAUAAAAAAUUUAGAGAGUUAUCUAAACAACCAAAUGAAGAUAUCCAAUGAUUUUGAUCAAUUCCAAAAAUUAUUUGAAGAAAUCAAAGAUUUGCUGUAUAAAAAUAAUGCCAAUGAUGACAAUUCAUGGGAUCAAGAAAAACAAGUUAUGGAAUUAAAGAAUUCUGAAUCAAGUCUAAAAAAAAUCAUUCAAGAUUUGGAAUUCAAGAUUACAACAACGCAAGAAGAAAUACAAUUAUAUAGUUCAAUGAAAGAAGAAGUUGAUAUGUUGAAGAAACUAAAGAAUAAACAAAAAUCUAAAAUAAAAGAAAAAAAAUUGCAACUUGAUAUAAUCAAAGCUUCAAAAAAUGCAGUCAACAAAGAAUUAGAAAGAUUAAAACAAGAAUUUAAUCAACAAUCAAAUAUAGUGGAGUCUUUAGAGACUGAUUUAAAAUUUUUAAAAAUAGAACUGGAAAAAACUAAAGAAAGUGCCAAUGAAAAAACUUUGGAGUUGGAAGAAGUUUCUAAUUUGUUGUCUGAUGUUCAGAAAUCCUAUGAAGAUGAAAGAAAGAAAGCAAAUACAUUGGGAAUUGAAUUUGAAAUAUUAAAACUUAGUGGCAACAGUAGUAGUGGUGGUGUUAGUAACGAUGCUAGAAUAAUGAAUUUGACGGAUGCCUUAACUAAAGUUAAACUCGAAAGAAUGGAACAAGAUGAUCUUUUGUCUGAAUUAGAAAAACAAUUAAUGACUGUUGAAAAAGAUAGAGAUGCUCAAAUGCAAAUCUCAAACGAGCUAAAAGAAGUAAUCGAAGAACAAGAGGCUAACCACCAAGAAAUUGUUUUGGAACUUGAAACAAAAUUACACAAUUUAGAAGAAGAAUUGGUAAAAUCACAAGAUUCAACAAUCAUUAGCAGAGAAAUCAUAACAAGUUUGGAAGAAAAAUCGCUUAGGAUACAAUCUUUGUUGGAAGAAACAAAAAAUUCCGAUAAGAAAAAUUCUAUUUUAAUUAAAGAUCUAGAAUUCAAGUUGCACAAAGCCAAUAAUAUCCUAAAAGAGAAAGAGAAUCAAUUGUCAAAAGUAAUGGCUGCACGUUCAACAAUUUUAUCAGCAGUCUUGGAGCAAUCUAUAAUUUAG